AAACGACGAACACAGCACCACUGUGAAGCUGAUGAUAGUUUUUCUUUUUCUUCUUUUGUAAAGUUUAAAAUUACAUUUAAAAAAAAAAAAUAAAAAAAAAAAAGAUAACGUAGUGGUUGGUUUGCAUUUAUUUCGUACAAAUCCAGCCCUAAACAGAAGGAACGGGUUUCCCGAGAAGUGCUAAAACCACUGAGAGGCGAAGCAAAGCUAAAUUAAGCUAACGAGGAGAGAUUGGUGUCAGCUCCGUCCCCUCCUCUGCAGUCAUGCUCCUCGUGGACCCCGGUGUGUACAUUGGCACUGCGGCCGACCUUAACGACACGCAGGCACUGGCCGAUGCCAACGUCACUCAUAUCCUGUCUGUGGACUCUGUUGACCCCGCCCCCCCGACUCCUGCUGGCGACGACGUGUACCGCAGGAAGUGGGUGUGUGUUUCGGACGAGGCCACAUCUGAUCUCCUGAGUCACAUGAAUGACUGCAACCUGUUCCUCCAGGAGGCUGUGGAUGGAGGCGGGGCUGUAAUUGUUCACUGUCAGGCUGGUCGAAGUCGCAGUGCCACCAUUGUGACGGCUUAUUUGAUGAGAAGACACCAACUGGGCUUCAGUGAGGCGUAUCAUAGACUGAAGACUGUCAAACAGGACGUACAGGUCAACAGUGGGUUUGAGGAGCAGUUGUGUCUCUACGAGGCCAUGGACUGUGAGGUGGACUUCUCUAGUCCUCUGUACAAACAGUACAGACUGAGCAAGAUUGCAGAGAAAUACCCUGAGCUGCAGCACGUUCCCAGGGAGCUGUUUGCUGUUGACCCCGCCCACUCCAGCUCCUCUGAAGUGUCCUAUCGCUGCAGGAAAUGCAGACGAACUCUGUUCCGUGACUCUAGUCUUCUCAGCCACCGUGUGGGAGAGGGAGCAGCGGCGUUUGGUCACAAGAAGUUCAGUAACAUCACUGGAAAUGUCCAGUGUACGUCUUACUUUAUCGAACCAGUGCAGUGGAUGGAAUCAGCUUUACUCGGGGUGAUGGAUGGACAGCUGCUGUGUCCUAAGUGUGGCUCUAAGCUGGGCUCUUUCCGCUGGUGCGGGGACCAGUGUUCGUGCGGCUGCUGGGUCACUCCCGCCUUCCAGCUGCAUCGCAACAGAGUGGACGAAAUCCGAAAGCUGAACGUACAGAAAUAACAGCCCGCUGAAGAUUGAUCAUAAACACGUGACUGAGAACAAAAAGACGAAGAAGAAGGAGAAGCACCAACAGCAGCAGAGUGAGUGACGAGCUGCAGCUGCAGCCUGGGAAAAAGAAUAAGAUACAGGCUUUAACAAACAGCCACUUUCUGGUUUUGGGUUUGGAGAGAUUACAGUUUGGGAGGAUAUUACAUAACCGACCGCCAAAGGGAUGCAAACUGUUACCAUGGCGCACACACACACACACACUGGAGCAUUUAAGCUGAACUGACAAACUGUGGUCUUUGUGCUGUGUUUCAAUGACAGAGAAGGUAAAAGUGGUGCAUCUCCAUAACACAAUCACGUCUUAUACACAGGAAAUUUAAGAUUUGUGCUCCAAAAAAAAAGAACAAUUGCUUGAAAUUUUUGCGUGUGGGUUUUGCUUCAAAAGUGGGUUUUAUUUUUUUAUUUUUUUGUGGGAAACCACUGAGAUGUGACCUGCUGACACACGACACUUGAGAUCAAACGAGGUUCUAUAUUUAUCCUAUAUUUAAGAGUGGAAAUUAGAGCGAGGGUCUGGCACUUUAAUAUUCCCCCAUCAUUCUCAG